GGACGACAGCGAAAAUGAAGAUAUAUCCGAGAUAAGACCUCGGAAAAUCUCUCCCAAGGCCAGGCGCCAGAGAAUGGUGGACUCAGAUCAGGAGGAGGAACACAUUUCACCCAAAAACAAAGGGCAACGGCUGCUGGACAGCGAUGAUGAGGAGGAGCAGGUGGUCCCCAGGCCAAAAAAGAAGGUCGCCGCCAUCAUCGACUCUGAAAGUGAGGAGGAGGAACAGGUGGACAAGGAGGAGAAGCCUGGGCAAAAGAAACCUGCCCAGAAAAACAAGAAAAAGGACAUCCCACGAGGACAACGCUCUGGAGGAUGAGGAUCAUGAAGAUCAGGAGCAGGAAAAAGUCACCAAAACAGACAAGAAAAAGAAGAUGGCUAAGAAUAAGAAACAGACGCAAGCUGACCAUGUGGAGGACAAUCUGGAGAAACCCCAAAAAAAAGAAAAGAUCAAGAAGCUGGUUAGGAAUAAGAAGGAGGAACCCCAAGAGGACCAAGGAGAGGAUCAGGAUCCAGAAAAACCUAUUGAGACAGCAAAGCCAAAGAAGUUGGCCAGCAAUAAGAAAAAACAAACAGACAUCAACGAGAUAAAUGAGACGGGUCAGGAGAAAAAGAAGCCUCCUCAAAAGCAAAAGGCAACUAAGAAUAAAAAGGGAACCAUAAAAGACAAAGAAGAGGACUCACAAAUGGACAUAGAUGAACCCUAUAAAAUAGACCAAGAAGGAAAGACUGAGCUGAAGAAACCUGCCAAGAAACAAAAGCCUAAAAAGUUGCCCACUAAAAAUAAACAAAAGGAGCCGGAGGAGGAGAAUGAUUCAGAUGACGAGCCUAUGGUGUUGAAAGAUAAUCCAGGUGUCCUGGAUAUUGUGCUUGAUAGUCUCAUAACACCAGAGCAACUAAAGCAGAACCAGGAGAAUCUGGAGCAAAAGAAGGAGAAACCUCCCACGAAAGUAAAGCCCAAAAAAAUGUCCAAGAAAAAUAAACAAAAAAUAGUAAGCGACGAGGAGUCAGAGGUUAAUGAGGUUAAAAAUGUUCUACAAGUGGACAGCGAUGAGGAUAUGCAAAAACCUCCUAAAAACAUUAAGAAAAAGAAACAACGAAUGGACAGUAAUAGCGAAGAUGAGAAUCUGAUUCAAAAUCAAGAUCAAAGCGAAGAGAAAGCCAGUCCUGUCAAAAACAAACUCAAAGGCUUAGUGGAUUCCGAAUCCGAGCCGGAGAAAUCCGCUGCUGAAACCAGUCCCGCCAAGAACAAACUAAAAGGCUUAGUGGACUCCGAAUCCGAACCAGAGUUGAGUAAUCCAGAGGAAUCUGAUGGAGAACAGGAAGCACCAAAUGAGGCGGCGAAAGGAAAACCCAAGAAGCCCAAAGUUGUGCGGGAAUCUGCUAAGAAGGCACUGGAGGGAAUGCAGGCCAUCCAGAGCGAACAGCAGCGACUGCAUCGCGAAGCGCACAUCAAUGUGCCCUACCAUCAGCCGAAGCCCAGGACACUGAAGGAGUUCCUCAGCCGGCGCACCAUCAAUGCUCCAUUGGCCACGGCUCAGGCUGGCGGAAGUCCCAUGCCCAGCAAGCAGCCCAGAAAGUCAGUGGGACUUCGUAUGACCAGUGAGGAAUUGGAGGCAUAUGCAAAACUCAUGGAGGAACGCGCCAAAGAAGCCACCGAGUUCUUUAAAUCGGAAUCCGAGCCGGAAGAGGAGAAUGAUUCGGAUAACGAAGAGCCUAUGGAGUUGAAAGAUAAUUCAGGUAUCUUGGAUGAGGUGCUAGACAAUCCCAAAACACCAGAACAAUCCAAAGAGCAGACAGAAGAGCUGGCCAGCAAAGAAGUACGUGAAGACCUCGCCAUGGAAAAAGCGAUAAUGGAAGAUCCUAUCACAGAAGAAGAACCCAUUGCAUCCACCUCCGCUGCAGCUGCUCUGAGAUUUACAGAUAAUUUGGAAAUCCAAACUGAAAGUGGGGUGAAAUCUCCCAGCAAAGUGUGCCUAAUCACAGAGGUAGUGGAGCUGCCCAGAUUGGACUUGAGCACCAUCAACAUAACACCGCCCUCCAAGCCAGCCACGCCCAAGAUCAGCGAUGCUAUUCGACGACUGAAGAUCGAGAAGAGCUUGGAUGUAAGUCCAUCGCUCAAGGGCGAUGCCAAUAUGGUUAUUGACCUGGAAACAGGCGAUAUGUUUGCCAAGAAACCCACAGGACUGGAUGAUUUGCUGAAGCGCCUGAUGAAGACGAGGGAAGCCAAGAAGCACAAGACCACAGAAACUGUCAACAUUUUAAGCACCGAGCAUGGCAAGCUGGAGAUGUCCAAGGUCAACAUUCACCUCCACGAGGAAGAGAUUGCUAAAGAACCCAAACCUGGAGCGGGUUACAUUAAAAUGCAGGAGCAGCUUAAGUCACUGAUAACCAAGAAGCGCAUGGAAGAUCUACGCAAGAAGCAAGCUGAAGAGCAGGAGAGGAUGGCUGAAGACGAAGAGGAGGGCAUGGAUGUGGAUGAGGAGUAUGAGCCAGAAGAAAAACCAGGCUAUGUUGAGGUCACCAUAAACGAAGAUGAGGAGAUUAUAGAAGAAGCCACUGCAGAGGAAGAUGAGGUGGGAGAAGAAAUCACAAGCGAUGCAGAUGAGGAUGCAGAGGUUGACCCAGUUGAAGAUCUGGAAAUACAGGAAAACAGCAGUGAGAGUGAACAGGAAAGCGAAUCCGAACCAGAGCUUGAAACUCAAGGGCGGAAAAAGAACAGAAUCAUUAAAGCCUUCGAGGACGACAACUCCGAUGAAGAUGAUCUCGACCUGCUGCAAACCCCAAAGCCAAGUAAUGUGGCUCCCAUAACGGCCACUCAAUUGCAAUUGUCAGCCCACAAACUUUUCGAUGCCGAGACCCGGCGAACGGCCAGUGACGAGGAGAACGAGCUGCUUGAUCUAUGCUCCGGCCAGUUCCCGCAAUCCCAGAUGCUUUCCUCCGCCGCACCCUCUGUAGACACGGCUGUAAUCAGUCAGAUUCCCAUGACACAGUUUGGAACUACCAGCCAGGCACCUGAUGAACUUGAGGGACUUUGUUCCGGCACCUUUGCCACUCAGCUACCAUCGCAAGAAGCCACCCAAAAGCCUGAGGCGCCAGAAGAAUCCCAAAAGCCGCCUGUAGUAGCCAACAGAAUUGUUUCCAGCGAUGAGGAGGUCAAGGAAGUUGAUCCAGAUGCCGACAAGCUGCGCAACAAGAAGCUCACCAAGAAGAGGCCCAAGAAAAAGGCCAAACUUGGCUUCUCGGAUGACGAAGAAAGCGAUGGUAAUGUCGAGGAAUUCGAGGUGGACGAGAGCGACGUUGAACCAGUAGAGGAAAUCCCGGAAACCUUUGUAGACUACGAUUCCGAAGAGAAUGAAAUUGUUGUGGAGAUGACCACGAAAGAUCGCAAACUACGAGCGGCCAACUUUGUGGACAAAGAGGCUGAGCUAUCAGAGUCCGAUUGGGGUUCCGCCGACGAGGACGAGAAGAACAUGGAUGACUAUGACAUAGAGUUGGGCGAUGAGGAUCAGUUUGAUCGUGACAAGUUGCGUCACGAACUGGGACAAAUUCAUGCUCGCAAAAUGAUGGAUCAGGAUAUUCGGGAGGUGCGCAAGAUCAAGGAAAUGCUCUUCGAAGAGGAAGAGGAGGGAGCAAGUCGCCAACGCCAGUUCCGCUGGAAGAACGUUGAGAGUGGCUUCAGCCUAGAUGAUCAUCGUCCAGAGAAUGGCGAAGGAAACGAGGGCAGUGGCGAUGAGGAGAACGAGCAUCUGUGGCGAAAGAUUCGAUAUGAACGAGAGCAACUACUCCUAGAAAAGGGCCUAAAACCGGAGGCAGCUUCACCACUAUCCACAACCGUGAUAAACACAAAUAACUCUGGAAAUUCCAUUCGCCGACUCAACAUCAUCUCAUCCAAAAAGUCAACGGUGGAGAUAAAGAAGAGUUCACCAUUCCUGAUCUCAAAAACAGUAGCUGGUAAGCAGCAAAAAAGCGCUGUGCGUGGCUCUUUUCUGGUUCGAGACCAGCAGACUCUCACCAAAUUGGCCGGCCUGACCAAGGGAUCCUCCGGCGAUGUGGACGGAUCGGAGAGCACUAUUUCUGUAAAGACUGCAAAGGCCAAGAACUUUGUCUUCGCCACUUUAACGGAGGAGGAACAUGAGAGUCGGAAAAGAAAAGCCGCCGAUAUUCUUAACAGCAGCACUGAAACGGGCGUUAAUUUCAUGAAGAAACCACGACUGGAGCCUCGUAGGGAAAAGUGCCUUAUAGAUCAGCUUCUUUAGGCUAAUAACUUUUAAUUCUAGACACACCUUAGUUGUACAUUUUCUAUAGUUUCCAAUAAGUUAGGUAAUAAGAGUAAAGAAACAAUAAAUUUAAUUUGUAUAUGUUAA